AUGUCAACAUCUGUCGCAUCUGCCAAUUCGAUAACAGCACCUCAACAGAGUUCUACUCAAAUUGCUCACUACCGGCAAAUACUUGAACAGCUUUGCAGUAGUGAUAAUUUUCGCGAUGAUGUUAUUUCUAAUAAUGAUGAAUCUUGUCUUGUUCGUGGGGAUGAUUACUUUCCUCUUUAUUUUGACCAUUGUGUAAGUGCAGGUUAUGAUUUUAAUGGUAUUCGUAUUAUGCGUGGUAAUUAUCGUUAUUAUGUUAUUGAUCACGCUCGUUAUUGUCUUAAUAUUGUUCGUACUUAUCAACAUAGAGAUAUAUAUUAUUACAUUGAUAUUGAAGAUAUUAAUACAACUUUUCGUCGUUUUCGUAUUUUGGGUGUUCUUCAACGUAAUUUUAAUGAUGAUGCUAAUUACGAUAAAGUUGCAGCUCUUGCAGCUUACGAGCAACUGACGAGGGAUGAAUCAAGACAAGAAUAA